UCGUAUUCUUGGUUAGCGGUACUGCAUGAGGACUUACAAUAACCCAUUAGGGGGCGGUCAAUCACGGCGUUCAAUCAGGCCACUCGGGGAGGUCAACCUUGGCCAAUAACUAACGCUCUCCACUUUCCCGUCUGAUCGUGAAGUAAUCUGCCCGCGCAUGCGCAUUAUCAAGCCGGUUGUGAGGGGGAAUAUCUGCCCUGCCCACUGGGAUCAGACGAAGGUGCAUAUAUUCUCGUCGUUAGGACUUUUGGUGAAAUUUGAUCAGGAUUUGGGUUGACCAUUGCUGAGGGUGGUGCCAGUUUCGUCAUGGCCAGUCUAAUUGCUGAUGCUGUCAAGUCCUAUGAUGACCUCAUGUUGAGAGCAGAUCCGCGUGUUGCGGACUGGUUCAUGAUGUCCACCCCGUGGCCCAGCUUCCUCAUCUGCGUCCUGUACGUGGUCAUCAUCAAGAUGGGGCCGACCUUGAUGGGCAACAGGCCGCCACUCGAGUUGAAGAAAGUCAUGCUGGUCUACAACUUCUGCAUGAUCAUUCUCUCAGCAUAUUGUUUCAUCGAGUUCGCGGCAUCAGGCUGGAUGGCAGGGUACAGCCUCGGAUGUCAACCUGUCGACUACUCCAACUCCCCACAAGCAGUCAGGAUGGCUAAAGUGUGCUGGAUGUUCUACAUCUCCAAGUUUAUAGAACUUCUCGACACAAUAUUCUUCAUCCUGAGGAAGAAGUACAAUCAGGCAUCCUUCCUCCAUGUCUUCCACCAUGGCAUCAUGCCCAUCUCAUGGUGGUUUGGAGUCAAGUUUGUACCAGGAGGAUUUGGGACGUUCCACUCACUAUUAAAUUCCUUCAUUCAUUUUAUGAUGUACACAUACUACUUCCUGGCCGCCCUGGGCCCUGCAUUCCAGAAGUUCCUGUGGUGGAAGAAGUACAUGACGUCCAUGCAGCUAACACAGUUCAUCUUAGUCGUCAUCCACUCGACCCAGCUGUUGUUCAGAGAAUGUGACUACCCCGUGCUAUUCAUAUACUGGAUCGGAGCUUAUGCUGGCAUUUUCCUCAUCCUCUUCGCUGAUUUCUACAGGAAGGCUUACAUAAAACCCAAGCCGAAAUCAGAAAAGUUUGAAAAUGGCUCUGUGAAAAGAAAUGGACUAAAAAAGGAAAGAUGAUCGAGGCACUUAUUAGACCGAAUAGUCCAGUGAUGAUGUAUAGUUUAUGUCAAGAUGCGCCAACCAGUCGUGUCUGUUUCGUUGUCCUUUCCUGUGACCACAUUUGUAAUAGUAGCUUGGUCUUUCGUCACUGGAAUAUACUUCAAAUUUGUGUUGUUACUCUAUGGUACCCUUUGUUAAUUUAUAGAUGGGUUCAUUGGCAUCAGGCGCACUGGGUCUUCUUUACCGAUUGUGGUUGACACAGCACUCCACAAAUCAGCUUCAGUAAAUCAGUUCCAUUGGACUAUUGCUGAGAAUUUUCAUUACCGUAUUCGACGUAAUAAGCGCCCACAGCGAUAUUUGCUAAUAUAUUGGCUAGUGAACAAUCCCAAUUAGCACCCCUUCCGAUUGAUCAAUGUACACAAGACCUAUUUAUUCGUGU